AGUACUCAGGCUGAGGGCUUCAGACAGGAGGCUGGUGUGCAGCUGGCAGGAGUGUCCACACUCUGCGCUCAGCAAUGGCCUGGGGGCGGGGCACGGCUUGUCCCGGUUCUCAGACGUAGCAGGGAUACUCACCCGGGAGGUGUGAGCCCAGCCCAGCCUCCCUAGAGACAGCACCCGGAGCCUCUUCUCUCUUCACUCUGCUUGGACCCUGCCACAGUGUAUUGUGCUGCCCUGGCCAGCCAGCUGGGAAGGUUUGGGGGAAGCUGAGGAAUUGAUGACACUGGAUGCCUGGAUGGCUGAGAAGUUACUGGGACCAUUUGAGCUUUGGGGGACCCUGGACCAGGCCCUGGUCCAGUAGGAUGCCUCCGUGUCCUCCCCAGCAGAGCAGAAACAGGGUGACACAGCUGCCCACUCUGGAGCUGGGUGAGAUGGAACUGACUUGGCAAGAGAUCAUGUCCAUCACAGAGCUGCAGGGCCUAAAUGCUCCAAGUGAACCAUCAUUCGAGCCCCCAGCCCCAGCUCCAUACCCUGGGCCCCUGCCGCCCCCAACUUACUGCCCUUGCUCAAUCCACCCAGAUGCUGGCUUCCCCCUUCCUCCACCACCUUAUGAGCUCCCAGCACCCGCUUCUCAUGUCCCAGACACCCCAUACUCGUAUGGCAACAUCACCAUACCAGUCUCUAAGCCACUGACCCUCUCAGGUCUGCUCAGUGAGCCCCUCCCAGAACCCUUGGCCCUCCUGGACAUUGGGCUGCCAGCGGGGCCACCCAAGCCCCAAGAAGACCCAGAGUCAGACUCAGGAUUAUCCCUCAACUAUAGUGAUGCUGAAUCUCUUGAGCUUGAGGGGACAGAGGCUGGUCGGCGGCGUAGUGAAUACGUAGAGAUGUACCCAGUGGAAUACUCCUACUCACUUAUGCCCAACUCCUUAGCCCACCCCAACUAUGCCUUGCCGCCUGCCGAGAUCCCCUUAGCCUUAGAAUCCUCCUCAGGCCCUGUGCGGGCCAAGCCCAAUGCACGGGGGGAGACAGGGAGUCGGGAUGAGCGGCGGGCCCUAGCUAUGAAGAUCCCCUUUCCUACGGACAAGAUUGUUAACUUGCCGGUAGAUGACUUUAAUGAGCUAUUGGCACGGUACCCACUAACAGAGAGCCAGCUGGCACUAGUCCGGGACAUCAGACGGCGGGGCAAGAACAAGGUGGCAGCCCAGAACUGUCGCAAGAGAAAGUUGGAGACUAUUGUGCAGCUGGAGCAGGAACUGGAGCGGCUGGGCAGUGAACGGGAGCGGCUUCUCCGGGCCAGAGGGGAGGCUGACCGGACCCUGGAGGUCAUGCGCCAACAGCUAACAGAACUGUACCGUGACAUUUUCCAGCACCUGCGGGAUGAAGCAGGCAACAGCUACUCUCCUGAAGAGUAUGCACUGCAGCAGGCUGCUGAUGGGGCCAUCUUCCUGGUGCCCCGGGGGACCAAGAUAGAGGCCACAGACUGAGCUGGCCCAGAGGGGCAGGAUUGGUGAUGGAGAUUUCCUUCAUUCCCUUCUGAUAAAAGUACUCCCCAAUCCUGAGGCCCAGGAGGAGAUGAGUUCUCCAGACCAGGAGGGGACAACGUUGGAAACCUGGUAUUUGGAAGGUUCAGGAUGUGUUCAGCGAGGCUUGCCUUGAAGCAAGCGUGUGAGGGGAGGGCUGGACUCUCUCUUCCAAGAUUCAGCUUCGCAGGUCUCCAACUUCCACCUCAUGUUUGAGCUUUGGUAUAUAAAGCACUCUACAGAAGCAACCUUCCACGGUGUCUUCCUUCUCGAGAGGGUGAUGAAGCUGAGUACUCAUCACAGCUUACUGCUUGUUGGUGGGGAGGGAAUCCUGCUGCACUCCUUUCCCCUAUAGCUCUGUAGGAGAGGUACACAUGAAGUUGAGGUUUGAGCAGCUGGAGAUUUACUUUCAUCCCUCUUUUCAGUGCCAAGGGCC